AUUUUCCUUCCUUGCACAAUCCAUUGUAUUAUUCCUUUUUUAGUCCUUUAACACGAAUAAUCAAUCGGAAUCGUCAUGGCAGGCCUUGGAAAAAUAAAGAAUACGUCAAAUUUCCAUGUAACGGCCUACUCGUAUGCCAUGUUCUGGUGGGGUCUGUUCGCCAUCUACUGUAUCGGAUACCAGCUGUCUCGUUUACGCGUGUAUUGGAUCCGUCGUCAACGUGCCUUGGGUAAAGACGUCCCUUACACCCCGUUACCCGGUGCACGGUUUCUGCGUCCUCUCAACCGUCAAGUCAAGAUUCCCUUUGUUACCGACAUGAUUCCUGUGAAGCAUAUCUUGGGUGUCACCUUUUUCAUCUUUAUCAAUAUCAUCUUCUUAUUCUUUGCUCCAUUCGCCCUCAAUGAGGGUAUGUCUUACGAGGUCCCUCAAAUUGGUAUAAUGGAUCGUCGUGCCGCGUACCUUGGCAUGGUGAACUGGUGCUUCGUCUUUCUUCUCGGUUCCCGAAAUACCAUCAUCACCAACAUGUCGGGGAUGACUUUUGAAGGUUUUAUUCCGUUUCACCGAUGGUUGGCACGUAUCGGUUUCCUGGAAUUUAUUCCCCAUUUUGUCUGGCGCAUGAUUCACGGUUAUCAAAAGUACCACGUUCCCAAGGAUGCGUUAUUCCGUGAUUUAGAGUAUACAUCUGGCACCGUGGCUAUGCUUGGUUUCAUGUUAAUUUUCGUCACUGCGUUUGAGUACAUUCGUCGCAACUACUUUGAAGUAUUUUACUAUGCUCAUUUGACCGGGAUCCUGAUUGCCAUUAUUGCCAGCUGCAUUCAUGAAGUCGGUUGUUUCCUGUACUUUAUGCCUGUGGUUGGCUUGUGGUUCUUCGACCGCAUGUGGCGUUCGUACCAAUCCUGGGCAGUGAAAAUCGCUCCUUUGCGUAUCGAUGAAGCCGUGUCGCAAACCAAGGACCAAGAUGGUAUUGUUCGUAUCCUUUUCCAGCACUCAGCUUUUGCCCGCUUCCGCCCUGGCCAAUAUGUGUUUAUCGCCAUUGCCGAAAAAGGUCGCGCUAUUGCCCGUUAUGCCAACUGGCAUCCCAUGACAGUUUCCGAAGUUUUCCGUUUGAACAAAUCCGCCCCCAAUCCUCUGGAUAACGCUAUUGAAGAACGCGUGGUCGACAACACUGCUAAAGAAAAGAUCGAAAAGCAAGUUCAAGAUCACGACAGUUUGUUCGAAAGCGAUCGUCGCUCUAUCACCAGCACGCUUCGACGUCGUGCUCCCGGUGCCGCUGGCGCUGAUUCCAACACCAUUGCCUCUCUUCACGUCAAGGCCCUUGGUAACUAUACUCGCCGCUUGUUGGAAGUCGCUGCUUCAGAUGACACGCUCGGUCUCAAGGUGGAUGGUCCUUAUGGUCCCAAACUCGAAUAUCAAGAUUAUCCCGUCAUGGUCGCCUUUGCUACUGGUAUCGGUAUCACCCCUGCUCUGACUCUCAUCAAGGAUUGCGUUGAAAGACGCACCGCCGGUGUCAAGACGGUCGCCACUGAAAGUCUUUACCUUAUCUGGGUGAUUCGUUAUACAGAUGAACUCGCUCCCUUCACAGACUUGAUUGAUUACUGGUUAGAAAGAUGCCAAGAGGCUGCCCAACCAUUGAACCUUCAUCUUUCCAUCUAUGUCACGCGUGUGCAAAACGGUGACGAAAACUUGAUUCCCGGUUGCAAACUUCACUACGGUCAGCGUCCUGAUAUUCACAAGUGUAUGGCCAGCAUUCACGAUGCCCAUCCCAAUACCCGUGCAUGGGUUCACACGUGUGGUCCUGACGACUUUAUGCGCACUGUACUCAACUCUGCAUUAUCCUAUCAUUGGGAUGCUCAUCACGAAACCUUUGACCUCUAGAAUAUUUUUUUUGUAAUUUUUUUUUUCUUAUUGCUUCGCUUCAUAACCUUACUCAACUGUGAUAAUAUUUUUCAUUCUUUCUUUUUUUUUUUCUUUCAAUCGAACCCCAAACUUCUUUCAU